GAAAACACAGUUAAUAACAAUGGUACAAUGGCGCAUUUGAUUGCUUUUAACUCGGAUGCAACCAGUAAUAAAUCUGGUGCAACUACACCACUGUUCAUCGCUAUCAAUGGAAAUCUGAUUCCUGUAAAGAUUGCCCAACUUCAAUUGCCAAAUGCCCUUACCAACUUACCUAAAACCGAUGCAUCAACAAAUGAUCAGAAUCGUCAGCCAGGUGUAAUCAACGAGCCAACAUCUAGUAAUGUCAAUCAAACAAGUACAGUUAGCAGCAACAAUACAGGGAAUAAAAAUUUUGUUAAAAUUGCUCCACUGCCUGUUUUAUCUGCCCAAUCUGGUGGAUGUAUCAUGAUAGCAGGGAUAGCUGUAACUUCAAAUUCUGCCAAUGGUAUUGUUGGAUCAUCUUCUAACAUGGAUGACAAAAAAUCCACUGUGGCUAAUGAUGCACUUAGGAUACACGCAUGUGAUUAUCCAAAUUGUGGAAAACGAUACACAAAAAGUUCACAUUUGAAGGCCCAUUACAGGCGGCAUACUGGGGAAAAGCCAUUCGUUUGCAAAUGGCCUGAUUGUGGUUGGAAGUUUUCAAGGUCAGAUGAACUCGCUCGUCACAAAAGAUCUCAUGAUGGAAUUAAACCAUAUGCUUGUCCGUUGUGCCAAAAAAAGUUUUCAAGAUCCGACCACCUUGCUAAACAUGUGAAGAUUCAUAAAAAUGGAAAACUGCAUGGUAAAAGCACACAGUCGAAAGGCAAUGUUCAAGUACCCUCUGUGCAACCAGUCAAGAGUAAUCCAGAUACAUACCAAGUAAAGAGAGAACAAGUUCCAAUCGAUUCUACAAAUGGUUUUCAAAACAACAAUAAUAUAAUGACCUCAUCAAAAAUAAUAACUAUUUCUAAUAUGGAGGAGCAACCGAAAUGACCAUAAACAACUGAUGUCUUGUUAUGCAAAUCAUGGCGAAGGCGGCUGUUGCAGAUGAAACGAAGCCCAGUAACGUCUUUGGUGGAUUUGGAAACCAUUAUUAUUCACAUUUUUUCUUUAAUUGCGAUAUAUUUUUGUUUAUUUUAUGCUGUUUUAGCAUUUAUAUAUAACACUAUGGCCUGUUAAUAUGCUAAUAUAUAUAUAUUGUUAAUUAUAUUGUGCGUUAUAUAAUUGAUUGCAAUUGUCUGUGCUUUUGCGGUAUUUUUUGUUUUCCAAUGUGAAUUGUUUGUAUGUACCAUGCAAAUGCCAAUGAUAAGCCGUAAAAGGGUUUGCAAGUAACAUGUCAGAAACCGGGCAAUUUCUAUGCAAAUGAGUUAAAGAAUUGAAAGUUUGAUCGGGUAACAAUAUUAAAUUUAUAAACUGUCGUGAAUAUUAACAAAUGAAAAUAAAAUUAUUCCGCUACCAAAGUCUGGGCCACAUCAAAUCGGAAUAACUUUAUUGUGAAUAAAGCUUGUAUACAUACGCCCAUUUCACUGCGAUUUUUUUGUUACGCUCAAACUUGAUUGUAGAAGUUAUGGGUUAGGGAUGGGUCAACUGUAGACAGUUGGAUGUUUAUAAUCGCUUAAUCAAUGUUUUCAUUUAUACUGAACCAUGUUUGUGUAUUUUGUAGAGAAUUGUUCCUUUUUCAUUAAACUAACAUCUUGCGAUUGUUUCAAAUAUGUAUUAUUUUAUUAAAAAAUGUUCCUCUCAGUAGUGUUUUUCAUUUUUGUGACCAGAUUUCAUAUGUAUUAUGCCCGUCUACCUGUCCGUAUCAUGGAAGCUUUAUGUUACGUACACUUUGUAAUAGGUAGUUGUACACGUUAAUAAAGUUUCCUGAAAGUAACAACGAAUUUCGUUCGUACUAGAACCUAUAUUGAAACAAAGAACCUCUAGGUGUCAUUCGUUUCGACCUUCAAUCAAAACCUGUUUGGCACCUGUGUAACGAAUUGUAAGAGACAAAUUAGCAGGCCAUUAAGAACCUUGAAGUGAUAAUAUGUAUGAAAUAAAUUCAAGAACGGGCGGACGAACAAUGAUUCGAUCGAACUACACGUGCUGCCAGAGGAGAAGUUUUGGAAAUAUAUCAUCCGCUUUUAUAUCGAGAUAAGACAAUCGUCUAAUUUUACAUCAAUCUUUGCUUGGUUCAAAAUUACAAAUUAAUAAACCAGCCGGAAGAACUGUC